CUCGGCUCAAUUGGCGACUCCCACUUCAGCCAUGCCUCCUUGGGUCGCUUGUUCUUCUUCGCCUUAACAUCUGCCCACUGAGGAGGAGGAGGAGGAGGAGGAGGAAGAUGAUGAUGUGCUGCUCAACCGCGACGCUCUGGUCGGCAACAACGAGGACCGCGUCGUGCCGUCUUAAGCCGGGAGUGCUUGCCGCCGCCACGGCGUUAUGUGCUCACCGCUGACGAUGCCCGCUCCCCCUCGGGAAGGGUUCACACCUGUGCUGCUCCGCCACUGGCAGGAGACAAAGACACCGGGCUCUGCUGCCUCAUGAUGGGCCACCUGAAGCUUCCCACAACGCUGAGAGACAACAUGGCCAACGGUUCCCUCGGCUCCCAGGUGCCUCCAAACCCUAAGCCAACAGCCGUGUCCCCAGAGAUCCUGAACGGCAUUAGUCUAUCGCUGCUGGUGUUCUUGUGCUUCGUUAUGGUGGGCAUUUUGCUGUUUGCCCUGCUGGGGAACAUGGCGGUGUGCCUGAUGGUCUACCAGAGAUCAGCCAUGCGCUCGGCUAUUAACCUCCUUUUGUCGAGUCUCGCGUUUGCCGAUAUGAUGCUCGCCGUCGUCAACAUGCCAUUUACGCUAGUUACUGUCAUGACCACCGACUGGAUUUUCGGGGAGGUUUUCUGUCGGGUUUCGGCCAUGCUGUUUUGGUUCUUUGUGAUUGCGGGAGUGGCUGUUCUGCUUAUAAUAAGCAUCGAUCGCUUUCUUAUUAUCGUCCAGAAGCAAGAUAAGCUAAGUCCACAGAGGGCUAAAGUGCUCAUACUGCUCACAUGGGGACUUGCAUUCUUUUUCUCCUUUCCGUUAGCUGUCGGUUCCCCUCGCCUGCAGAUCCCCCCCAGGGCCCCCCAGUGUGUUUUUGGCUAUAGCUCCGAACCUGAUUACCACGCUUACGUGUUGAUAUUAAUGUCGGUCUUCUUCUUUAUACCCUUCAUGGUCAUGUUGUACAUAUUCAUGGGAAUUCUAAACACCAUCCGCCACAACACAGCCCGCAUCCACAGCCACCCGAGCCAAGCCGGCAAACUCGGCUUGUUAAGCCUCCAGAAGCCCUUGCAGAUGAACAUCGACGUGAGUUUUAAGACGCGUGCCUUUGCCACCAUCCUCAUCCUCUUCUGUGUGUUUACAGUGUGCUGGGCACCCUUCACUGCCUACAGUCUCGUAACAACGUUCAAUGAUGACUUCUACUGCAAAGACAGUUUUUUUCAAGUCAGCACGUGGGUGUUGUGGUUAUGCUACCUAAAGUCAGCCCUCAACCCGAUCAUUUACUACUGGCGCAUCAAAAAGUUCCGUGACGCUUGUCUUGAUCUGAAACCAAAGUUUCUUCCUCAGCUGCCAGGCAACACAAAAAGACGCAUACAACCAAGCGCUGUUUAUGUUUGCGAAGGGCAUCGGUCUGUGGUUUAAGGAAGAAAUACCGCUGCGCAAAAUUUGAUCGAUCGUAUCUGAGCCACACCGACGCCAAACGCCACUCUCCAGUCCAGCUCACCGCUUUCCGAUUUUAGACAGCAAAUCCUGAUCUAGAUUUGCGGCAGGCGGUUGCUGCUUCCUGGAAAUAGUGUGCAUUGUAUCGUUCCAACACAGGGUAACCCGCAAAUGAAUUCAACACUGUAUGAGAAAAACAAAAACAGUGGAGCCCAUCCAAGUGUUGUCUCCAUUUAGAUACUGGACCAACAGAAAUUGUGCAAAGUACAGUAGAAUGCAGUGGUACCUUUACAUUUGCAAUAGAUAGGCAUGUUUCCUUGUAAGUUAAAGUUCUGGCAGUUAUUUGCUGGCUAUUAGAGGACAGAUGAGACUGUUCACAGAUACUCUAUUAACUGUUCCCCAUACACAAGCUAAAGAGAUUUGCUGUACAAAUAGGGGAAGGUGAGCUAUAGCCCAAAAUCUGUUCAUUUGGAUUUUAUUUUUCAUUCAUUCCAGUAUUCUGACACACAAUUUGUCAUUUGAUUAAAACGACACCUUUCAGGGCUUAGGAACAGUUUGCACCAAAUGCCAAUCCAGUGAUUCGCACUAUAUCGCGGUUCAUUUAUUGCGGAUUCAGUACGUUGCAGAAUUUUUUGAAGGUCAGCUUAGUGCAGUUAUUCACCUGCACAUAUCUGAUACACGUAGCUAUAUGAUUUUAAUAAGGUUAAAAUCUUCGCAGAAAAAGAAACCUUACCGAGUAAUCUGAACCCGUUGAUUUGAUAAGUCGCCAAAUUGCUUGAGGAUACAAACAACAUUUGUAGUCAGUCAAAUUUAUGAAACCCACCGUUUAAAACACAAGCCGCAAUAAAUUCACAAAUACCAACCUUAGCCUGACAAAUAGCUACUGCACACACUUAUAACAAUGGCAGGAACAAAUGCAAGUAAAGAGCAACGUUUAGCUUGAUUUUUAUACAACUACAAUACUGUAGUUAAAAACGUCACCGCAAUGAAUUCUAGGUUGCCAUAAGGUUUUCCGCUGACUACAUUUCCAGGACCAUCAGUGUGAGGAACAGUACCAAUGCUUAAGGCAGGAAAUCGCCUGUUCAAACCAUGUCCACAUAGGCUGUUGUUCACUUUGCUCAAGCGGCGCGUUGAAUAGGCAUGUACUUGUGUAGUGUCUGGAUAGUGACGUCAAGUGGACAAAUAAAAUACGUGCGCCUCUUUAAAGUAUCACAUAUUGGCAUUAAAUAGCAUAUAUGAAAUGUAUACGAUAAUGUAGUAAUUGGUCAUACUUUGUGGAUUUCAUUUAUUGUGGGGGUUACUGUGUAUCAAUGUAUCAUUUUGCUAUACUAUCAGUUGGAAUGUUUUUUUUUUCAGGGGUGGGGGUAAGUUUUGUCAAAUUGAAAUAAUUCUAUAAAAUUGAAUGUCAUGUAAAGCUGUCCUCAGCGCAGGUCAGUUCCUUUUAUCUGUUAAAUCACAUUUCCACAUGUGAUCCAAGCCAUCAGUGUAUUGUGUUUUCUGUCAUGCUGUGGCUGAUAUACAGCGGCUGAAAUAAGUGUUUAACACUUCACCCUUUUUCUCACUAAAUAUACUUCCGAAGGUGCUGUCGACCUGAAAAUGUCACCACGUGUUGGGAACAACCCAAGUAAUCCAUACUUACAAAGAAAGUAGAACAAAUAAGAUCAGACAUUAAGUUGUGUGUAGUAAUGUGAAAUGACACAGGGGAAAAGUAUUGAACACAUGAAGAAAGGGGGGUGCAGAAAGGUAUGGAAAGCCAAGACAACACCUAAAAUCUAUCAAUCAUCAAACGGCGAUCCAGUGCAAAUGAAUGUCAGCUGGUUCAGUCCUAAAUGAUGGUCUACAAAAAGGUCUCAUUGCCAAUGUGUGAGCCAAGACACAUCUCAUGAUGGGUAAGAGCAGAGAGCUGUUUCGAGACCAUCGCAAACUAAUUGUUGCCGAACAUAACGAUGGCAUUGGUUACAGGCGCAUAUGUAAGCUUCUGAAUGUUCCAGUGAGUACUGUUGGGGCAAGCCAAUCAUACCACCAUAAAUUUUUCUCCAUCAGGUGCUCCUCGCAAGAUUUCUGACAGAGGAGUGCAAAGAAUAAUCAGAAGAGUUGUCCGAGGACCACCUGUGGAGAACUUCAAAAAGACCUGGAAUUAGCAGGUACUGUUUUCACAAGGAAAACAGUAAGUAAUGUACUCUGCCGCCAUGGCCUGUAGGCCACGCAAGACCCCAUUAUUGGGGGGGGGGGAAAGCAUGUCAAAACUCGUUUAAAGUUGGCUGAACAACAUUGAGAGAAUAUAGUCUGGUCUGAUGAGAGCAAAUUUGAACUGUUUGGAUGCCAAAAUGCACACCACGCUUGGAGGAGAAAUGGCACUGCACAUCACCCUAAAAACACCAUACCAAGAGUCAAGUUCGGCGGUGGGAACAGGAUGGUGUGGGGGUGCUUUUCAGCAAAUGGUACUGGUAAACCACAUUAUAGAAGGAAGGAUUAAUGGGCAAAUGUACGGAGACAUUUUUGACAAAAAUCUGCUGCCAUCUACGAGGAAAAUGAAACAAGGUGGACAUUUCAGCAGGAUAAUGAUCCAAAACAUACUGCCAAGGAAACUCUCAAUUGGUUUCAAAGGGGAAAGAAAUAAAGCUGCUAGAAUGGCCCAGCCAAUCACUGAAAAUCUAUGGAUAGAACUGAAACUCAAGGUCCAUAAAAGAAGCCCACAGAACCUUCAAGAUUUGAAGACUGCUGGUGUGGAGGACUGGGCCAAAGUCACACCAGAGCAAUGCAUGUGACGAGUUUCUCCUUACACGAGGUGCCUUGAACCCGUCAUUGUAAACAAAGGCUUUUGUACAAUGUAUUCAAUACCAAUUGGCGUGUUCAGUAGUUCCCCCCCCCCCCCCCCCCCGUGUCAUUUCACAUUAUUCCACACAACUUAAUUUCUGAGCUUAUUUGUUCCACUUACUUUGUAUGUAUUUGUAUUUACUUGGGUUGCUCCCAAACAACUGGUGAAAUGUUCAUGUCAAUAGCAACCUUUGGAAAUAUAUUUAAUGAGAGAAAUGAUGACGUGUUCAAUACUUAUUUCAGCCACUGUAUUUUAGAUUGCCAUGGAAUGAAUAUAGGCAUCAUCAGAUAUACUCAUAUGACCUUAAACUCACAGCUAACACUGUCGUGGCCAUUGAGGAUUCACCCACCCUUUUAUUGUAGAAGGGUGGGUGUCUGUGGUAUCUCUUCAGUCCUGUGAAAUAUUUGUACAAAAUUUGCAACAGAUGAAAAAUGAGACAGUAGUUAUUAAAGUGAAACAACUGCAGGUUUCGUACAACGAUUUUCUAGCUAACGAGAAAACUUUCUUAGUGCUACUUUAAAUGGAAGACAAAAUGCAGUGUGACAAUGUUAACGUUCUGAAAUCAGUGCCAAAACAACAUGUGACUAUUGUGUUGAAAUGAGAUGAUCUUUUAGGAUUAGAAAUGAUUCUUUGUAAUUUACACACAAAUGAUGCCUUCGCAAAAUUCUCGAGAAAUCGAGGCUGAUCUUUUUGAUGGCCAUCGCUCUACUUGACCGUUCCAAUGAGUAUCCCUCGAACAAUAACAUUGUGGCUCGUUUUUGAACGAGCACUAACAGGAGGAUGCCAAGUUUUUGUCCUCAUUACGGUUAUCCAAUAACCCUUAUCCUAAGAAGGUAGUACAUAACUCAGUCAUCAUCUUUUGCUUUUUUGAAAAUAUAGAAGAUGAACAGGUUGAUCAGUUUUUUUUACUGACGAUAACAUCAAAUACUGAGACGAAUUCUGGGACGGACUGACUGAGUGUUGUAUUUUGUUUUGAUAUUGUGUCAUGAAGCCAGGUAUUAGGUUUAAACUGACCUUAUUUUGGGGAGUUCGGUCUCAUAAGAAAAAUGGCAACGUGUUUAACUGCAUAGAUCAGACUACAAUGUAUCCAAGGUGAAUAUUGUCUUUUUUUUUCUAAUGUGGCCAGAACACAUUUUUAGUGUGUGUGUGUGUGUUGUUUUUUUAACUGUCUUUAGAUGUGCCUGUUUAGUCAGAAUGCUGCUAUACAGCGGCUGACAGAAGUAUUUAUCACGUCACCAUUUUUCCCACUAAAUAUACUGUCGACCUGAAAUUGUCACCAGAUGCUGGGAACAACCCAAGUAAUCCACACAUAAAAAGAAAGUAGAACAAAUAAACUCAGAAAUUAAGUUGUGUGUAAGAAUGUGAAAUGACACAGGGGAGAAGUAUUGAACACAUGAAGAAAGGGAGGUGCAGAAAGGCAUGGAAAGCUAAGACAACACCUAAAAUCAAACAGCGAUCCAGCCCCUUGUCCGUGCAAAUGAAUGUCAGCUGGUUCCGCACUAAUUGAUGGCCUACAAAAGGGUCUCAUCGUCAAUGUGUGAGUCAAGACACAUCUCACGAUGGGGAAGCGCAAAGAGCCCAUCGCAAACAAAUUGUUGCAAAACAUAAUGAUGGCAUUGGUUACAGGCGCAGAUCUAAAAUGUUCCAGUGAGCACGGUUGGGGCCAUAAUACACAAGUGGAAAGCCAAUCAUACCACCUUAAAUUUGCCUCGGUCAGGUGCUCCUCGCAAGAUUUCCGACAGAGGAGUGCAAAGAAUAAUCACCUGUGGAGAACUUCAAAAAGACCUGGAAUUAGCAGGUACUGUUGUCACAAGGAAAGCAGUGAGUAAUGCACUCUGGCGCCAUGGCCUGUAGGCACGCUCACCACGCCAGACCCCAUUGCUAAAAAAAAGGCUCCUUUUAAAGUUUGCUGAGCAACAUUUGGACAAGCCAGUUAAAUACUAGGAGAAUAUGGUCUAGUCGGGUGAGAGCAAAAUGGAGCUGUUUGGAUGCUGAAAUGCACACCAUGUUUGGAGGAGAAAUGGCAAUGCACGCCACCCUAAAAACACCAUACCAACAGUGAAGAUCGGAGGUGGGAACAUGAUGGCGUGGGCCUGCUUUUCAGGAAAUCUUACUGGUAAACGUCACAUUAUUGAAGGAAGGACGAAUGGGCAAAUGUACUGAGACAUUCUUGACAAAAAUCUGCUGCCAUCUACGAAAAUGAAACAAGGGUGGACAUUUCAGCAGGGUAAUGAUCCAAAACAUACUGCCAAGGAAACUCUCAAUUGGUUUUCAAAGGGGAACAAAAUAAAGCUGCUCGAAUGGCCCAGCCAAUCACCUGGCUUGAAUCCAAUCAAAAAUCUGUGGAAAGAACUGAAACUCAAGGUCCAUAAAAGAAGCCCACGGAACCUUCAAGAUUUAAAGGCUGCUUGUGUGGAGGAACGGGCCAAAAUCACACCAGAGCAAUGCAUGCGACGUGUUCCUCCACACAGGAGGCGUCUCGAAGCUGUCAUUGCAAACAAAGGCUUUUGUUCAAAGUAUUCAAUAAAUACCACUUGGCGUGUUCAAUACUUUUUCCCUGUGUCAUUUCACACUAUUACACACAACUUCAUUUCUGAUCUUAUUUGUUUGUACUUUCUUUGUAUGUUUGGAUGACUUGGGUUGUUCCCAACAUCUGGUGACAUUUUCAGGUCAAUAGCGCCUUGGGAAGUAUUUUGAAUGAGAAAAAAAUGGCGGCGUGGACAUACUUACUUCGCCCGCUGUAUCUCAUGGUGAGACUGUGCAAUUAUCCUGUACUGUACAUUACUGUACUCUUGAAUGUAAUAAAGAAAUUGCCAUUUCUUACCUUG